AAUAUUCUUGUAGUCUGUUUUAUAGUUUAGUCGAAAAAACAGAAAUAACAUGUUUUUUUUCGUUUUCUGUUUUAAUACCAAAAAACGGAAACGCACAACCGGUUUUUCAUCGUUUUUGUCUGAAUCCAAAAACAAAAUAUGAGAGAACCAAACUCAAAUAACGAGCCGAUUUUGGUUUCUGCAAAUCCUUCUUUAGUUUCUUCUUUUGAAGUCCGACGCAAAGCAAGGCAGGCAAGCCAAAAGUACAAUUCUGUCAAAAUAAAAGACAAUAUAAGGAUUAUAGUUAGUUAUAUAGUUUAAUCAAAGUCAUUUUUGUGUGCAGGUAUGUUGCUGUUAGCACUCAUGUUUUUUUCCACCGUAUUGUGCUGUUUCUCAAGUGAACGCAGAGCAGAGUCUUUAGGAGGAGAUGCAGAGUAAAGGUGUUUAUCCUUUCUACCAGUAGAUGACAGUAUAAGUGUAUUCAAACCAUACCUUUUUAGUUAUAUAUAUAUAUAUAUAUAUAUAUAUAUAUAUAUAUAUAUAUGUGUCUUUGAUAAGUAUCUACGUUAUUGAUGUGUUGAUCAUGAAGAACUAAAUAUGUAAGCAAACGCAUGUCGAACCUGCGCAGGACGCAACAGCACAGGAAGAAAUUCAAAAAAUGGGCGUUGAGCUGUUAGUGGAGAAAAUGGUUUCGCGAAUAUUCAAGGGGGCAAAAGUCUCAACCGUUUUUAUAUCCAAGGCCAUGGUUAAGCGUCUAAUUCAAAGGACAUGGGCCGAAAUUGAGUUCAAAUUUUGAUGCCAAAAAAAGUCCACGCCCUUCAGACGUGUGGUGUCGGUAAAGCUAACGUUUAAGGUUUGUUUUAUGCAUCAUGAGUCACAUCCACCUCCCUCCUGUGGCUGGUUCCUGUUCAUAUCAAUGCUAUCCAUCCCUCUCUCCCCAGAGGUGAGCUUUGAAUGCAGUGUGGUUACCCCGACAGGAGGUGUCGUUGGUGCUGCAUCUCUGGGGCCCCGUAGACUUCUUGUGGUUUCACUGAGCUCUGGUCUUCACAGCCAUCUACCCCUCUGGGUUGUCACCCGGCAACUACAUGGAGGAUCCUUCUCUGUUUGCCCAACCAGAUUGUCUUCCAAGAGGGAUAAAACGUGUAAACGGAGCAGCUCUACGAUGGAGCAGGCAGUAUGCGACAAUUCAACACCGGUGGAGGUAAACAUCCCGGUGUCUGCCGAGCAAACCACGACGGAGGAGGCGGCAGAACGGGGCAAAAGAAAGAGCGACGAGCCGGGCGAUGCCGAGACGCGAGGCCCAAACAAGAGGCGAAGAGGAGCGGGAGGGAAGAAGCUCCGCCCGGGCGAGAGAUACAUCCCCCCUCCGCAGAAGCGCAACCCGGGGGUCAGCUUCUGCCAGGAGCAUUUCGACGAGACCUCCUACUACUUUGAAGGUGGCCUCCGCAAAGUGUGUCCGUACUACUUUGACUUCAAAACGUACUGCAAAGGUCGCUGGAUUGGGAAGAGCCUCCUGGAGGUGUUCAAGAGCGAGUUCAGAGCCGAGUCCAUCGAGUACUACCAGCGGGCGACCAAAGAGGGUCGCAUCCGGCUGAACGAGACACCUGUGGAAGACCUGUCUAUGGUGCUCAGGAAUAAUGACCUUAUGAAGAACACGGUGCAUCGCCAUGAGCCCCCUGUCGUCGGCAGACCCCUGGAGGUUCUGGUGGAUGACGGUGAAGUGCUUGUGGUCAACAAGCCUGCAUCCAUCCCAGUCCACCCUUGCGGUCGGUUCCGCCACAAUACAGUGAUUUUCAUCUUGGGAAAAGAGCGAGGCAUCUCUGAGCUGCACACAGUCCACAGACUGGAUCGGCUCACCUCGGGAGUGCUGCUGUUUGCCAGGACCCUGGAGACAUCAAAGAAACUGGACCAGUUGGUGAGAGACAGACAGGUUGAAAAGGAGUAUGUCUGCAGAGUAGAGGGUGAGUUUCCAGAAGGGGAGCUGGUCUCCGAGGAGCCCAUCCUGGUCGUUUCUUUUAAAAUUGGCCUCUGCCGUGUCGAUCCAAAGGGAAAGGAUUGCAGAACCGUCUUCCAGAGGCUUAGCUUUAAUGGAAAAACCAGCGUUGUCCGCUGUUGCCCACUGACUGGCCGAACACACCAGAUCAGGGUCCACCUCCAGUACCUGGGCUUCCCCAUCCUCAAUGAUCCCAUCUAUGGGUCCUCGGCCUGGGGUCCACACAGGGGGAGGGGGGGGCUGGUGGGAAAGAGUAACGAGGAGCUGCUGCAGGCCCUGGCAGAGGAACAUCGCUCGCAGGAAAGUCUCCACCUGCUGGAUAUUCCAGAUGAUGGGAUUGAGCAAGAGGCAGAGAAAAUCAAAACAUCUGAGAAAGUACAUCUAUUAGAAGUCCCUUCUGAACCCAACAGAAGUGAAGAGAGUCAUCAGAUUGACACACAGGUGCCGACAUGUGGCAAAUUAAGCAGUGCGGCAGUGGAUAAGGUGAGUCAGGGCUGCACCGACCCAGACAGUAACAAUACCUCGUCAGUCAAACCUCAGACCAACACAUCAAAUGGAAAUCAAACCGGGGCAACAACUCACAAAAGUCCUCCAGAGACUAGAGACCACCUGUGCAGUGAAUGUAAGCUGGUUCGACCAGAUCCCACAGAGAAAGAACUCAUCAUGUAUCUCCACGCAUUACGCUACAAAGGACCUGAUUUUGAAUAUUCCACGCCGUUACCCGAUUGGGCCCAAGAGGACUGGGUCGAGGCUGAUUGAAGCUGACCCGAUGCUCAUCCCUUUGGUGUUUAGUUUACUGCCGCCAUGCAUAUUCUUAUUUUUUUCCCAGACAUUUAAACCUUUGAGAGUUUUUGCUUUGAGGCAAUUUUGAUUUUCUUGUCUUAGCAUAUGAUGAAUGUAGAAAUAUGUAAUAUGCUCCAUGCUGUUUGUGCCUUAAAUGGAAAAUUGUUUUGUAAUCACUCAUUUGACACUGUUUUAAUAUUUAAAAAAAGUACCUUAAUUUGUUUUCAUCCUUUUUAAGCCUGUAAUCUGUCCAGUACUCAAACCAUGAUUUGAAAUAAAAGCCAGUCUGCCAG